AUGGGAAGUGGAGCAGGUAAAUAGCUUACGAUUCCAGUUGUUUAUGCAGAAUCAUCGCAUUAUGUUCACGCUCAUUUAAAAACGACAAAUAAAUAGAAAUUAAAAAUAUCAGAUCCUUAUACUAAACUUCAAUAAGGUUAUCACACCAUUCCCUUAGUUAUGAAGAAGGAGGACAAUCAAGAUGGGAUUAAGGUUAUUCAUGGCGUAGUAGGAUUGAAAAAUUUGGGUAACACUUGCUAUUUCAACUGCGCAAUUCAUUGUUUAAGUCAUACACAGCCUUUACUUGAUUAUAUGUUAUCGAGGGUUUUUGAAAAGGAAAUCAACAAGAAUAGCAAACUAGGAUCAAGAGGAUAGGUGACUGAAUGCUUUGCUUAAUUAUUGAGUGAUAUUUGGAAGGAUGAAAGAAGUAUUGGAAUGAGUAUAAAUUAAAUGAGUAUGAGUAUGGAUAUGCAAAAGAAAUAAAAAUAAUAUGAGAAUUGGGUAGAUCCUUUCAGGUUAUUGUUGCUAAUACAGAAAUACUCGAAGAGAUUUGAAAUCGGAUGUAAACUAUUAACACAUUUAAUUAGAGUAGGAGGAUUGUCAAGAGUUGUUGAGUUAUUUAUUAGAUAUGAUUCAUGAAGAUUUGAAUAGAUGUAAGAAGAAGGAGAUAAUUAAAGAGAAGGAUUACAUAGGUGAAGCAAAAGAAGAAUGGGCUGCAGAAUCUUGGGGUGAACAUCUAAAAAUUAAUAAGAGCAUUGUGGUUGACUUGUUUUAGGGAUAAUUGAAUUCUAAAGUGGAAUGUAAAACAUGCAAUUAUCAGAGUCAUAAAUGGGAGCCGUUCCUAUUUCUAAAUUUACCUAUUAAAUAAUAAUAAUAAUAACAAUAAUAAUAAUAAUAAUAAUAAUAAUAACAAUAAAAAUAACAAUAACAAAAAUAAUAAUCAUUUCAAUCUAAAUCACUUGGAAACUCCUAACUGAAGCAAGAAACCAUCUGUUAUUUGACAGAAUGCUUGGAUCAAUUUUAAUAGGAAGAAACCAUACAGUGGAAAUGUCCACAAUGUAAAGAAACAAGGGACUGUAAAAAAGGGAUUCGAAUAUGGAAAUUACCAAAUAUUUUAAUUAUUCAUCUUAAGAGAUUUGAGUUUGGGUCUAAGUAGACAGGUAAGAUCACUUAAAAAGUGAAUUUUCCUAUAAAUGAUUUAAAUAUGUCUCCUUAUUGUUUUGAAUAGGAUAAUACUAUUUAUAAUUUGUAUGCAGUUGCAUAGCAUCAUGGCUCAUUAUAAUAUGGCCAUUAUAUUUCUAUUUGCAAACAUAGGGUUGAUAACUAAUGGUAUAUGUACAAUGAUGAUGCAGUUUUUAAAGUACUAUUAAUCUGAUUCUAGAUACAAGAGCUGGAAAAGGCUAUCGUUAAUGAAUAUGCUUAUGUUCUCUUUUACCAAAAAUAAACAGAGAACAUUUUCAGAUAAACUACUACGGAUCCCAGUUGCUGGCCUCACAACUAAAGUGCUAAAAAAUAGCAUAAUGAUGCUCCACCUAAAGAUUCAUCAAAAUUAUAGACACUGACAUUAAUGGAUUACCAAGAUACUGAACAGAAGGGCUAAUUAGAUGAUAAUAGUCCUCACAAUAUAUCAAAUAAUUCAAUUAAAAUCGAACCCAUAAAUGGAUAGAGAAGGUUCUUUCCUCAUACAAAUUCAAGAGAAUAAAACAGCAGGUGCUAACAAAUAUACAGAAAAUCGAGGCCUUCUGUCGAUCAUCAUAAUAAUAAUGAAUAAUAAACAUCUAUCACAAAGCUAGAAGAAGAGGUAUUUUAGUUAUUAUUAAUUUGAAAGUCGACUUAAAUAUAAAAUAAUAAUCCACAAAUAGGGAUAGAUAGGAAAGUCUAAGACAAGUUUUACUAAUUAAGAGCCAAAGGUUCUCGUAAAUGA